AUGUUAGAUGAACUAUAUAAAGCAGAACGUGGAGAGAUGGAAAAGAAACUUCAAGCAAAAGAUGAAGUCAUUGAAUCCAAAGACAAAAGCAUACAGAAAAGAAUACCGCGUUCAGUACCAAAAGGAAAGGAAAAGAGUUAUAAGUAUAUGAUAUAUACUGAAGAGUUGGAGAAAGAAGAAGAUAAAGAUAUGGUUAUGUUGCAUUUAGUCAGAAGAAACAACAAGAGCUUUUAUGACUUAGCUAAAAUAUAUAAAUCUGACAGAAACUGGUUCUAUCGUGACAACUUACCGAUUUCAAUGACACCGAAUGAGCAAAUAAAGGAAAUUGUCAAAAAUACUCUUCCUCAAACACACUAUGACAUCAAAGGUUACACAAUACUUACAUUCAAAGAAGACUUACCAUUACUGAAGGAAAAAAUAACAGAAUAUUUCGAUAACUUCAAAGAGGAAGAAUAA